CGGGAAAGAAUAAAAACGAAAAACAAGUCGACUGGUAAGGGAAAGAAGAGAACCCCACCUUUUUCAACGCACCUUUUUAGGGUUUUUCCUCCUCUCUUCUGACAGUAAUGGCGGAUUUUUUGUUCAGAGGAACCAUUUGCUGAAGCUCCCUUGUUUUUCUUCGUUUUCUCGACAACAAGCGCUGUGUUUUCUUUUGUUCUUCUUCGGGAGAAGAGAGAUGUCUUCUUCAGCUACAGUUCGAGUCGAGAAGGCCACGAGCGAUCUUCUGAUCGGUCCCGAUUGGACCAUGAAUAUGGAAAUUUGUGAUUCCAUCAAUUCCAGUUACGGGCAGGCAAAGGAUGUUAUUAAAGUCCUGAAAAAACGGUUGCAGAAUAAGAACCCAAAGGUUCAACUACUUGCUUUGACGCUUUUGGAAACAAUCAUAAAGAACUGUGGUGAUAACGUGCACUUUCAAAUUGCUGAAAGGAAUAUUCUACAGGAGAUGGUGAAGAUUGUAAAAAAGCAGAUGGAUAUGAAUGUGAGAGAUAAAAUAUUAGUCUUGCUAGACUCUUGGCAAGAAGCAUUUGGUGGACCUGGGGGGAAAUAUCCUCAAUAUUACUGGGCAUAUGAGGAAUUAAGGCGGUCUGGAGUAGAAUUUCCACAGCGUUCAUCAGAUGCGGCUCCUAUAUUUACACCACCUGUUACACAUCCAAUGCCAAGACAUAUUCAAGCAGGAUAUGGUAUGCCCAGCAAUACCACAAGAAGGCUUGAUGAAGCAAUGGCAUCUGAGGUAGAGAGUUUAAGUCUAUCAAACAUUGAUUCUAUGUGGAGCAUUAUGGAGCUUCUAACUGAGAUGCUGCAGGCAGUGAACCCAAAUGAUCGUGAGGCCCUAAAAGAUGAAGUGAUAGCUGAUCUUGUCAGCCGGUGCCACUCCAACCAGAGAAGGCUCAUGCAGAUGUUAAAUUCAACUGUUGAUGAGGAGGUCCUAGGCCAAGGUCUUGCAUUAAAUGACAAUCUACAAAGUGUCCUUGCAAAACAUGAUUCUAUAGCUUCUGGUUCAUCCCUUCCAACUGAAGUAAAAGAAAACAGAUUCAGACCAUCUGAAGUAAGAGACACCAGUGCCGGACCACUUGAAAUAAGAGAUGCUGGUGUGAAACCAUCUGAAGUAAGAGAAACCAACCCUGGACAGCCAGAAUUAAGAGAUGCCAGCCCCAAACCAAACAUGAUAUCCUAUACACCGAUGGCAGCUGCAACAAAGGCCCAGCUUGAGGAAGAGGAAGAAGAGGAUGAUGACUUUGCCCAGUUAGCUCGCAGGCGUUCAAAAACUACAUCCGUACAUUCUCAAAGCACAUCUUCUGGCCUCCGUGAAAGUUCUACCUCAUUGAACAUGACCAAUGUUACAACCCCAUCAACACCAGUAGUCUCAACCCCCUCUCCAAGUAAGGAUUUGGCUCUACCAAAUCCACCUACAUCGAUCAGAACCACCACAAAGGAGCAAGAUAUGAUUGACCUUUUGAGCAUCACUUUGUCAACAACCUCAACCUCGCCCCAUACUCCUUUAACACUUCCAUCAGCGUCUAACCAUGACAUGCACCAAAUACCUGUUUCUCCCACGACACAAGGGUACCCAUAUGGACCGCAGAUUUACCCUGGAAACCAAGGGCAGGUAUCUUACAACAGUUAUGUUGUUCCUUGGGCCCAAGCUCAACCUCAGUUUCCCCAGUACUCGUCCAGCUAUCCUCCCCCACCAUGGGCAACAGCUCCUGCCGGUUCAGACCAGGGUCCUUCGACUACGCCUUACACAUAUAUGACCCCUCAUGCCAAUGCUGCUGCUAUUCAACUGCCCCUGCAGAUAACUAGGUCUUUGCAGCACUUCAACUCAUUCCCCUCAGUAGGAAGCAGCGGGUCAACUAUUCAAAAAGAAGCAAAGGUGAGCUCCACCCCAAGAAACUCAGCCUCUGUGGCUGAACAAAAACCAUUUAUUCCCUCGUACAGAUUGUUUGAAGAUCUCAAUGUUCUUGGGAAUGCGGACAGAGGGUUUAAGAAGACAACAAAUAACACAUCUCCCAGCUUAUCAGGCACGCCUGGGAAAAGUAUGGUGAAUGGGGGGAAGUAAAGCAUUCUAUGAUAUUCUUGUACUGCUGUAUACAUGUGAUCUCAUACAUAAUGUGUACGAUGUAUGUGAAAUGUGGUGUAUAUUUACUAUUUUAUAUUGAUCUGGAAUGUAUGAAAAUCAGUUACUUAAAUGCCUUUUGUAGCUUUAACCAGUGGUUAGCUGAAAAAGGUUGUAGUGUUACCGGAACAUAAUUUUAUAUUGAUCUGGAAUGUAUGAAAAUCAGUUACUUGAA